GGAUGAUGAACGAACUCUUCAAUGAUAACCGAACGAAACCUCGUUACGAAAGGCUCGGAUCACACAGUUGUGCCUUUUUUCAUCGCUAGUGUUCCGACGACUUCCCUUCAAUUUUCACGCUCCAGACUUGUCGAACCUGAUGGAAAACUUCCGCCGUUGGAGACGAAGUACAAGGAGGAACGCGGCUCCUAAUAGGUUUAUCUUCGUUGGUAAUGCCGUUCCUCAAAAUGCCAACCCGCCGGCCGAAUAUGACCGUCAAAAUUUUACCGAUAAUGAAAUUGUUUCCUCCAAGUACACGGCGUUAAACUUCCUGCCAAAGAAUUUGUUUGAACAGUUCCGCCGUAUCGCUAAUUUCUACUUCCUCUGCAUAGCCAUCAUUCAGAUUGUCAGCGACAGCCCUACAAGCCCGAUAACGAGCAUUCUCCCCUUGAUUUUCGUCGUUAUUGUAACAGCUGUUAAACAGGGCUAUGAAGAUUUUCUGCGGCAUCUCAAUGAUCGGCAGGUCAACGAGCAAUUGAUUGAUGUUGUGCGCAAUGGAGAGUUACAGAAAGUCAAAUCGAAAAAUAUUGUCGUUGGAGAUGUACUCAGGAUCGAAGAUGAUGACAGUUUUCCUUGCGAUUUAGUGUUGUUGUCGUCCUCUUACGCAGAGGGAAAAUGUUAUUUGACUACGGCUAAUCUGGAUGGCGAGACGAAUUACAAAAUGAAAAGUUGUCCAAAAUUGACUCGGGAUUUCAACGAUGCUCAAAAGUUAGAUCGACUCAGGGCACAUAUCGAAUGCCAACAACCCAAUGUUAAUCUUUAUCAAUUUGUUGGUACAUUGACCGUGUAUGCCAACCGAAUCGUUCCUGAAGACUCAUCCGAACUCCUACGACACCAAAAUACUGAUAUUGACGCUGGUGGAGUGACGUCUUUAGGUUUAGACAAUCUCCUCUUACGUGGAGCACGACUGAAAGAUACGGAAUAUGUCUAUGGAUGUGCUGUUUAUACUGGACAGGAUACCAAGCUCGGUCUCAAUUCUUUGCUAACAAACAACAAAUUCUCCACGGUCGAAAAGAGCAUGAACUACUUUCUUUUGGCUUUUUUGGUCCUUUUGAUAUUGGAAAUUGCACUUUGUACCAUGCAAAAAUAUCUUUAUCAACCACAACUUACUGAUGCGUUUUAUCUCGGAGCACUACCGCCAACGACUUUUGGUAGAGUCAUGCAGGAUGUAGCAUCAUUUCUAAUCAUUUUCAACUACGUCAUUCCUAUCUCACUUUACGUAACGCUUGAAAUGCAAAAGUUUUUGGGCACUAUUUUCUUUGUGUGGGAUGACGAUUUGUACUGCCCUGUUGCGGAUGAAAGGGCCCUAUGUAACACAUCUGAUCUUAACGAAGAAUUGGGACAGGUUGAAUAUCUGCUGACCGAUAAAACCGGAACAUUGACUGAGAAUUGUAUGGAAUUUCGUCAGUGCUCUAUUUUUGGUUUCAAAUACGUGGAAGACGAUAGCGUUUUAAUGCGAGCGACUGAUAACAGUGCUAUACACCUGGAACGGGUGGAAGAAUUCGAGUCCGAAAUUGAAGACUUUUUUAUCACUUUGGCUUUAUGUCAUACUGUCACGAUCACUGGCAAGAACAAGAACAAAAAUAAAUUGAAAGUAAGCAGGGCCAGUGCCGUCGUCGAGCCUGACGGUUUUGAAAAUGCGGCCUUUCAAUUCCAUAGAGGGGAUUAUGACUAUCAAGCGUCCAGCCCAGAUGAGAAAGCUCUAGCUGAAGCGUGUCAGAGAUUGGAUGUCGUAUAUUGCGGGGAGACUAACGACAUAUGUAAAAUUAUGUAUCAAGGAGAAGAGCGUCUAUAUCGUCGUUUACAUAUUCUCGAGUUCGAUUCAGACAGGAAACGCAUGUCCGUGAUUGUCCAGUUUCCGGACGAAUCCAUUUGGCUUUUGUGCAAAGGCGCCGAAAGUACAGUUCUACCUCGUUGCGUAUUCGGACCUAUCCCUGAAACUGAAAGUCACAUCAAGGAUUACGCGAUGAUGGGAUUGCGAACCUUGGCGAUAGCGGUUCGUCCAAUUACUCCUGAAUAUUACGAAGAAAUCACCGUUCAACUUGAUAAAGCCCGUCAAGCACUAUCUAAUCGAGAAGAAGAAGUAUCUAAAGUUUGCGAUAUUAUUGAAUCCGAGAUGACUUUACUGGGAGCGACUGGUGUAGAGGAUCAACUCCAAGACGGUGUCCCUGAAACACUUGAAUCGCUCAGAGCCGCAGGAAUUAAAGUGUGGGUAUUAACAGGCGAUAAAUUGGAAACUGCCGUCAAUAUCGCCCACUCAUGUGGACAUUUCAAACGUGGCAUGGAACUACUCAUUUUGAGUGAUCCAGAUAAAACAGAAGAAACUUUAGAUGAACUCGAAAAGCGGGUAAAUGAAAGAAAUGAUUGCCAUUUUGGCAUGGUGGUCGAUGGUCAAAGUUUAGCUGUUGCAUUAAAACAUCAUCGAGGCAUGUUUGGCGACAUUGCAAAGCGUUGCGAAGCUGUCGUAUGCUGCCGCAUGUCACCAAUUCAAAAAGCCGAGGUAGUCAAGUUGGUUAAAGGAUUCCCUGGAAAACCUAUUACUGCAGCCAUCGGUGACGGUGCGAAUGAUGUCUCCAUGAUUCAGGAAGCUCAUAUUGGUUUAGGUUUGAUGGGAAAGGAAGGUCGCCAGGCGGUACGUUGUGCAGAUUUUGCCUUUGCUCGGUUUCGAUUUCUUCGAAAAGUUUUACUCGUUCACGGUCAUUGGUAUUAUUGGCGCGUUUCAACCCUCGUCCAGUAUUUCUUUUACAAGAACAUUGCCUUCAUCACUCCAGUGGUUUUCUUCACUGUUCAUAGUGCCUACUCUACUCAACCUGUUUAUGAUGCGUUCUUUUUGACGUUUUACAACAUCCUUUUUACCUCUUUGCCAAUUCUCAUCUACGGCUUGUUCGAGCAGAAUUUCACGGCACCACAACUCCUUGAACAUCUUCACCUUUAUAAGGACAUUGCCAAAAACGCUCGAAUGAGUUGGGGCCAAUUUUUCAAGUGGAAUUUAUUGGGACUGUGGCACGCUGUUGUUCUUUAUUUCGGGUGUUACUUGCUCUGGCAAUAUGAUCCAGCGUUUUUCGGGACCGGCAUAACAUUAGACUAUUGGAGUUUUGGGACAUUGAUAUAUCACGCUGUCAUUUUUGUUGUCAGUAUAAAGUUGAUUAUCGAAUCUCGUUACUGGACAGCCUUAUUCGUUUUUUCGAUCCUGAUAUCGAUUUUGGGAUUUAUAGGUCUUACUUUCCUGUAUUCUGGAAUCGUUAUCGAAUCGUUGGAAAACGAACAUAUGCUUUUCGUUUACGUGACUUUGCUCUCUUCUGGACCUUCAUGGCUCUUUACCUUAUUUGCUGUUGGGACUGCACUUCUUCCGGAUAUUCUUGUAGCAAUUUGGGAAACUUAUUCCGUUGGUGGUGGUGUUCUGGUUAACAAGAAACACACCCCUGAACAGAUUUUACGGAAGAAAUUGGACCGCACAUUUUCUCUGUUGUCUCAAACACGUGUCGGUAAGUUGGGAAUAUCAAAAUGGCGUAAAUCCUCGUCAACCAAAAGGCCCGCCCAACAAACAUCAUACGAACCUCGCCGUGACAGCAAUGUCCAAGUGCAUUUUGAACCUCGGCCUAACAGCAAUGUCCAAGUACACGAGGAACUUUGGCGGAACAGUGAAACCCAAGUACCACGGCCUGACAGCAGCAAUGUCCAAGUGCAUUUUGAACCCCGUAACAGCAAUGUCCUAGUGCCUGAAGAACCUAGGCGUAACAGCAAAGUCCAGGUGCAUAUUAAUCCUCAGCGUGACAGCAAUGUCCAGGAGCCUGGGGAAACUCGGCGUAACAGCAAUGUCCAGAUGAACGAGGAACCUCGGCGUGACAGCAAAGUCCAGGUGCAUUUUGAGCCUCAGCGUGACAGCAAGGUCCAGGUGGAUAAAGAACCUCGUCGUGACAGCAAUGUCCAAGUGCAUUUUGAUCCUCGGCUUGACAGUAAUGUCCGGGUGCCAGAGGAACCUCGGCGUAACAGCAAUGUCCAGGAGCCUGAGAAACCUCAGCGUAACAGCAAUAUUCAAGUUAACGAGGCAUCUCGGCGUGACAGCAGCAUCCAGAUGAAUGAGGGACCUCGACGUGACAGCGAUGUCCAAGUGCAUGUAGAACCUCUGCGCCGUGAUAGUAAUUCAUCGGAGUCGCAAAGUGAAGGGCCACUGGAAGUCUAAUUAAGCUAAUCAAGCAUUUUAAAAUUUUACAUCACAUCCUAUCACCACCGUCUCCCUAGUCAUAUUGUCUUCCAUCAUCAUCAUAACCUACUGAUCUCUUCAAGUCAUUAUGUAAAACCAGUUCGUAAAAUUUCGCUUGACAUGGACGAGAAAUGUACUGAAUUCAUUUGAUUAUAUUACCCUACAUAGUUAAGUUCUUAUUAGAAAUAAAAUAAAAUUGAUGGUUGUAAUAUAUUUUUUGUUAGUUAACAAUGGAAAAUAAAAGGUGGUGAAUUUUUUGUUAA